GUUUGGCCAUCCCCACCGCUCCAAGGCUCGCUCCGGUAUGUUGACGGAGCAUGACCUCUUGCUAAUUACUCAUCUUUGUUUUGGCGGGCGGACUAGACGGAAACCGUUGUUUCCUUCUAAAAUUAAUGAAAGGUUAAGAUGUUUGUGUUAUGCUGUGGAUAAAAUCUGAUAACUUGAUAGAAUACAAUUGUUUGCCUGGCUGUGGAUCACGUCACGUUAUUGUGCGUACAUUUCAAACAUUUAGGAAACCACUGAUUUGUAAACAUGGAAAUUUCAUGGACAAAUACUGGUAGUGCGUUACAAGAUUUUGCAAGCGUUCUGGUUUGUGGGAAAUGUGGAUUCAAACUAGUGUCUCCUGUAAGACUCACAAAUUGUGGGCAUUUGUUUUGUCAAGAUUGUAUCAAAUCUGCAAUGAAAUGUGUUAAAUGUGAUGUACCAGUACAGCCAAGGGAAAUACAAUCUGACCACUUGGUAUCCGGUCUUAUACAGAAUAUCGAUGCUAUUUCAGAAAUUAUUCAUAAAAGAGAUAUAUGGGACACUACUACAGAUGCACCUGGUACAUCAGACAAAACGAUAUCCUCAGUAUUUCUUACACCAAAAAAACAGGGUAUACGUAGAAAGAAUAUAAAUAAGCCAAACCCCAAAGGAGAAACACGAUUGCACACCGCGUGUUUGAAGAAUAAUAUUAAAGAAGUUAGAGAACUCUUGGUCCAGGGUGCAAUUCCUGAUACAAAAGAUCAUGCCGGUUGGACACCGUUGCAAGAAGUGGUCAGUUUUGGACUUACUGAAAUCUGCGAAUUACUGCUGGAGUGGAGAGCAUCGCCCGACAUAUCAGGUUAUAACAAUCGAAAACCGCUGCACGAAGCUGCUAAGCAUAACAAAAUUAAAGAAGCUAAGUUGUUGCUACGUUAUAAUGCGGACAGAAACCAAUAUGAUCAGUACGGCAAGAAGCCUAUAGACUACUGUAAAACAGAAGAGAUGCGACAGCUUUUAACGGAUUUGUCAACUCCGGCUGAAGAGGUAUCAAACCUUAAUCAAACGCUAAAUAAGUCUAUUCGUACAGGGUGUGACAAAUUUGUGAUUCUUGCGUCAAACUUAAAACAUGAAAAUCAAAAAAUGCUCGGUAUCGUGGCCGCAAGACACAAAUUCAAAAUUUUGAAAACAUAUAGACCGUUGGUUACACAUGUCAUAGUAGAGACGAAUGAGAAAAAUAACACAACAUUGACACUUGACGUUUUAUUCGCAAUUAUCUACGGCAGUUGGCUUCUCAAUAGUCUAUGGAUUCACAUGAUGGCAGAUGUGGACGAAAUAGAAGAUACAGAUGAUAUGAACCUUGAGUUGUUUGAAGUUAGCGGCGUGCCCACCGAUGGUACUCCGAAGAAAUCGAGAAUGAACACGGAGCGUUGUAAUCCACGUCUAUUCAACAACUGUUUCUUUUAUUUUGCUUUACAAGCAAACACGACUUAUCACAUUGCUGAUGUGCGAGUCACGAAGGACGAUCUGAUAAGGCUUGUAAAGGAGGGAGAAGGGACAGUACUCACCAGAGAACCAGAUCCAGAAGAUCUAGACGUUACGUCGCAAACGAUGCCCUUUCACGCGAACGAUCCGUCUCAUCCUUUACGCAAGUGUACCCAUUAUAUUAUAUAUGUGCCGGGCAAAAGUGAACCGCUUAUCAAGUAUAAAAUGCCGCAUAUCAAGACUCUGCCGUUGGUAUGGCUGAUUGAGUGCAUCGAAAAAUUUACUCUUGUCGAUCCAGCCAUCCUGGGCUUGUCCUGAGUACUUGAAUUACCAUUAAUAUGUCCUAUUUUGUAUUCAAUGAUAUUCAAAAAGUUAAGAUGAAGCGUAAAAAUACGCAUAAUAAUUUUCUAUAGCAUUAAUAUAUUCGUCAUACGCAACUUUUUUUUUAAGUUUUUUUUAUUUAUUUUCAAUAAGAUAUUCUCGAAAAAGACGUUAUAAAAUUUGAUUUAU